AUGGCCUCUCUUUUCUUCUCUCCCUCUUCUGUGCUCGCUUCCUUCCUCACCUUCGCUCUCCUCUCCGGCGUGUCUUUCGCGGCGGACCCUUUCGUCUCCUACGACUACAAAGUUUCUUACAUCACCGCUUCACCCCUCGGCGUUCCUCAGCAGGUUAUAGCAGUCAAUGAGAAGUUUCCAGGACCUCUGCUUAAUGCUACUACCAACUUCAAUGUUGUUGUUAACGUCUUCAAUCUCUUGGAUGAGCCUCUCCUCAUGACUUGGUCUGGCAUCCAAAUGAGGCGUAACUCGUGGCAAGACGGUGUUCUUGGCACAAACUGUCCACUUCCUCCGAGAUGGAACUUUACUUACCAGUUUCAAGUUAAAGAUCAGAUUGGAAGCUUCUACUACGCCCCUUCACUCAACUUUCAGAGAGCCUCGGGAGGUUUUGGUCCCAUCGUGAUUAACAACCGUGACGUUAUUCCUAUCCCUUUCCCACAGCCUGACGGUGAACUCUUCUUCAUGAUUGGUGAUUGGUAUACACAGGACCAUAAGGAAUUAAGGAGGGCUCUUGACUCUGGGAAAGAACUUGGGAUGCCGGAUGGUGUCCUUAUCAAUGGAAAGGGUCCUUUCAAGUACAACAGUAGUGUACCUGAUGGAAUUGAUUACUUGACCGCUCAUGUUGAACCAGGAAAAACAUACAGAAUCCGUGUUCACAAUGUUGGGAUCUCGACAAGCCUGAACUUCAGGAUUCAGAACCACAAUUUGCUCUUGGUGGAAACCGAUGGUCACUAUACCGCACAGACAAACUUCACCGAUUUUGAUAUUCAUGUAGGACAGUCGUAUUCUUUCUUGGUAACAAUGGACCAAAACGCCACAAGUGACUACUACAUUGUGGCAAGUGCUAGAUUUGUGAAUGAAACCGUGUGGCAAAGAGUCACUGGUGUUGGCAUUCUCCAUUACUCUAAUUCCAAAGGACCUGCUUCUGGUCCUCUACCAGUUCCAAAGACAGAUGUUUCUACCCCGUGGUCAGCAAUGAGCCAGCCAAAGUACAUCAGGCAAAACACAUCUGCUAGUGGAGCUCGUCCAAAUCCGCAGGGGUCAUUUCACUACGGUCAAAUAAACAUCACUAACACAUACAUCCUGCAGAGUUUGCCUCCAACAACAAUUAACGGGUCACUUCGUGCUACACUUAACGGGAUUUCAUUUGUGAAUCCAAGCACUCCAGUGAGGCUUGCGGAUCUUCACAAAGUGAAAGGAGCUUAUAAGCUGGACUUCCCUGACAAACCUUUUGGUAGACCUCCUCGCUUGGACAGGUCUAUCAUCAACGCAACAUACAAGGGCUUUAUACAAGUUGUUUUCCAGAACAAUGACACCAAGAUGCAGAGCUUCCAUGUCGAUGGCUACACGUUUUUCGUUGUUGCGAUGGACUUUGGUAUCUGGACAGAAGACAAAAAGGGUUCGUAUAACAACUACGAUGCCAUCUCAAGAAGCACAAUCGAGGUAUACCCAGGGGGAUGGACGGCUGUACUUAUCUCCCUUGAUAAUGUCGGAGUUUGGAACAUUCGAGUAGAGAAUCUUGACAGAUGGUAUCUUGGUCAAGAAACGUAUAUGCGGAUCAUAAACCCCGAGGAGAAUGGAAAGACGGAGAUGGAUCCUCCUGACAAUGUCCUCUACUGUGGUGCCCUUAAAAACUUACAGAAGGAACAACACCACUCAGCUGCAACAUCUGUAUCUAAUGGACACUGGAAGCUAAUGUUUAGCAUGCUAAUGGCGUUGCUCGCCUCGGUUUUCAUCUUUUGCUGA